AUGACGGCGUGCAGCCUCCUCGUCCUCGCCGUCGCCACCGCCGCGGCUUGCGCCGUCGUCUCGCCGGCUUCCGCGGGGCCCUACCUCUGCCCGUGGAGAACGGUAGCUCACGUCGACGACCCGUUCAUCCAGAGCCUCGGCAAGUGGGCGGUGGUGCAGAGCGGCGCCACGCUCGCCUUCGACAAGGUGGAGAGCGCCAGGGCGCAGGGUGUCGGCGAGUGCACCAGCAUGACCCGCAACUACGACCUCGUUAUCGACGCGUCCAACCGCGCCGGCGCCGGGGACGACAAGUACAGGGCGGUGGUGUUCGUGACGUACAUGACCCAGCCGCAAAAGCUUCUCUCCUUUGAGCGCAUCACUGCGUAG